CCACUCUCUGUCUUGUUCGUUGUAUUUUAUUCCUUGCCCGAGAGGCACGACCCAUGUGGCACUCACCAAUCCCGGAGACGAAGACGUUGUGCCCACGGAAUCCCGGAAGCUUUUGGUUCAAGGCUUCUUCUUCUUCUUCUGAUGCUGUUUUUACUCAGUCACACAGCAAAGCUUGAGGAACAACUAUGGCGACGAAGCUCACCACUUGCUUUCUUUGCUGCAAUUUAAGUCACCUCAGCUGUAAUCACUCUAACGCAGUUCGCUUUUCCUUGCCGUCGCAUCGGUUUCUCACUGCUUCCUGUAGAAUGCGACAGCGUAAUCUCAGUUCCCAGCACAAAAAGCAACAGAACAAGAAAGCUUCUCAUGAACCCCCUCCCACUGAGGGAGAUCUCCAUCCAAGUGAAGAUGAGGACUCUGAGCUUAGAAAGGUUUCUUUGGAUGGCAUACCAAAUUUGAACAAGGAUAUCCUAGACGCUAACACUGAUAUGGCUAGUGACAGCAGAGAUCAUGUCCAGUAUAUUGAUGUGGAGAAUUUGAAUAAUCCUGCUGUACUAGCUGAACCAGCACCUUUGGGCAUAAUUGAUGGGGCAGAGUGCUAUGUUUAA